CGCCCCCGCUCACCAUCUCCAGCGCUCCGGGGAAGCGCUUCUCCAGCUCCGCCCGCAGCCGUUCGUACUGCGAGGAGGGGACACGCGGUCACCGCGCGUGUAGGGCGUUUUGGGGGGGCAGAACGGGGGGGAAUUGGGCUCACCUUGGGCUUGUAGCCUCAGGCUCCGCUGCGGGAGAGACCCACCCGUGUUAAUGGGGGGGGGGAGGGGGGACAGCCGGAGCCCCCCUCCCCAGCACAGCCUCCCCCGGUGCCCCCUUACCAGUAGAGCACGGUGACGCGGAGCGGCAUGGCGAUGGCACUGCGGGUGGCGGCACUGCUGGUGGCGGUGGUGGCAAUGGCGGUGGGGACGAUGGCGGCCGCCCCCAAGCACCGCCCCCCCGCGCUGUGUCCCCGCCCCACAGCCGCUGCGCGGGGCCGCGUUUGGGGUGAAAGGCACCGGGUUCGGGCGCCGGACGGCGGUGGGCGCAGCGCGGCCGCUGUGUUUUGGGGUGGGGGGAGAAAGGGGGGCGAGGGGAAGCACAGACGCUUCCCGGCUGCUCCGCAGCGCAUCGCCGCAGCGUCCCGGCACGCAGCAGCAGCGGUGCCCCCCGUGCGACCCCCCGAAGCCCGCAACCCCCCCCAGUGCCCCCCGGUACCCCCAGCACACAGCGCUGGGACCCUCAAUGCGUCGCCCCGCUGCUCCCGGUGCCCCCAGCGCCCGCCCACCCACUGCCUCCCCACCCCACUCCCCCCACCCCCAGCCCGGUCCCGGGGCCGCGCCGCGCGCUCCCGCCGCUCCUCGGGGCCGCGCAGGGCUCGGGACCGCGCUCGGCUCUCCCCGAGCGGACGGAGGCGGCGGCGAUGGGGCCGCGGCGCUGAGCGCGGGGGGGGGGCCCGGUGGGGCCGGGGAGGAGGGGGGUCCCGGUCCGGGGGGGGUCCCGGUCCGGCACCCCCCGCUCCCAUCGCGAUGGGCGAAUGGACGAUCCUGGAGCGGCUGCUGGAGGCGGCCGUGCAGCAGCACUCCACCAUGAUCGGAAGGAUCCUGCUGACGGUGGUGGUGAUUUUCCGCAUCCUGAUCGUGGCCAUCGUGGGCGAGACGGUGUACGAGGACGAGCAGACCAUGUUCAUGUGCAACACCCUGCAGCCGGGCUGCAACCAGGCGUGCUACGACAAAGCCUUCCCCAUCUCCCACAUCCGCUACUGGGUCUUCCAGAUCAUCCUGGUCUGCACGCCCAGCCUCUGCUUCAUCACCUACUCGGUGCACCAGGCGGCCAAGCAGCGCGAGCGCCGCUACUCCUUCCUUUACCCCCUCCUGGAGCGCGACGCCAAGAAGGCGCGGACGCUCAACGGCGUGUUGGCACCCGGCGCCGACGGCGGCACCAAGGAUGAGCCCGAGUGCCUGGAGGCCAAGGAGCUGCCCAGCACGCCGCCGCGCCGCGCCAAGGCCAAGCGGCAGGAGGGCAUCUCGCGCUUCUACGUCAUCCAGGUGGUGUUCCGCAACGCGCUGGAGAUCGGCUUCCUGGCCGGGCAGUACUUCCUGUACGGCUUCAACGUGCCCGCCAUCUUCGAGUGCGACCGCUACCCCUGCGUCAAGGAGGUGGAGUGCUACGUCUCGCGGCCCACCGAGAAGACCGUCUUCCUGGUGUUCAUGUUCGCCGUCAGCGGGAUCUGCGUGCUGCUCAACCUGGCCGAGCUCAACCACCUGGGCUGGCGCAAGGUGAAGGCGGCCGUGCGCGGCGUGCAGGCGCGGCGCAAAUCCCUGGUGGAGGUGCGCAAGAAGGACGGCGCCGCGCUGACCCCCGCGCCCACCCUGGGCCGCACGCAGUCCAGUGAGUCCGCCUACGUUUAACGCAGCCACCCCCACCCUUAGGGGCGUUUGUGGGGGGAGGGGGGCAGAGGGGCAGGAUCCCAUUCCCCCCCCCCCUCCUACUUCCUCCUUCCUCCCACACAUUCAGGAUUUUGGGGCGGCCGUCAGCUUCAUCAUGGUGCAAGCAGGGAGUGGGGGGGGCCACGACCUGCAGGGGUUUUUUUUGUUGUUGUUUUUU